AUGAUAACACAUGUGAAUGUUCGCAGUAAGAAAGAAGAUGAAGAAAAAAUUGGUACACAUAGUGUAUAUGUAGUUUUGUUAAUCACAAGUCAUCGUGAUGAACGAGCUUGGAUUGUACCUGGUGGAGGUGUUGAGAAGAAUGAAACAGCUUUAGAAGCUGCACAUCGAGAAUUAUUCGAAGAAGCGGGUGUCAAAGGAAAAAUAUUAAGAGAAUUAGGAGUGUUUGAGAACUGCGAUCGUAAACAUCGUACAACGGUUUACGUAUUGAAUGUUGAAGAAGAAACUGAUGAAUGGGAAGAUAAACAAUUAAUUGGUCGUCAACGUCGUUGGUUUUGUUUGAACGAUGCUUAUUUACAUUUACAAAUUCAUAAACCAUCACAAUUAUGCUAUCUCGAUCGUCUGAUCUAUACAUCACCAAAUUGUUUACAUCAUUUAAGUAAUGAUUCCAAGCCAUCGAAGUUUAUGAUUGAUGUUGUUGAACAACAACCAUCAAACUCACUAUCAUCAAACAUUCGUAAACAACAACAACAACGUCAGCAUAAAAAUAGUCAUAGUGAACAUAAUUCAUAA